UGAGGGACCAUUUUUAUCAUUUUCUCUCAAACUCUCUAAACCCCUGAAAAUUAUUGCACCGGCGACUGUUCUUCGUGUGCUGUGUGUUGUAUGCAGCCAAUAUUAGCUCCAUUCACAGAGAUACGCAAUGGCUAUCAAUUCGAAGACGGAAUUGACAGAUCUUGCAGAAGAUAGACUGAACUUUGAGGCACUCAAAUCCCACCACAAGUCAAAAGCUAUUGCAUCAAUCAGCAAACAGCAGAAUCCAUUUGAUCUCUUACGCAUACUGUAUGAGGGAGCUGUAUCUGGAGCUGCUGCUGGUGUUGUUGUAGAAGCUGCUUUGUAUCCAAUUGAUACAAUUAAAACUAGACUUCAAGCAGUUCGUGGUGGGGGACAGAUCAUUUUGAAAGGUCUUUAUUCAGGAUUGGCUGGAAAUCUUGUCGGAGUCUUACCAGCAUCAGCAAUAUUUUUUGGUGUAUAUGAACCUGCAAAGAGAAAAUUGUUGGACAGCUUCCCUGAAAACCUAAGUGCCUUAGUUCAUUUGACUGCAGGUGCUAUUGGCGGAGCUGCUUCUUCUAUUGUUCGUGUACCCACCGAGGUAGUUAAGCAAAGGAUGCAGACUGGCCAAUUUGCUUCUGCCCCUGAUGCGGUCCGACUCAUUGUUGCUAAGGAAGGGUUUAGAGGCCUUUAUGCUGGGUAUGGUUCUUUUCUACUGCGAGACCUACCAUUUGAUGCUAUCCAGUUCUGUUUAUACGAGCAGAUGCGGAUGGGGUAUAAGUUAGCUGCAAAAAGGGACCUUAAAGAUUCCGAGAAUGCAAUGAUUGGUGCCUUUGCAGGUGCAAUAACAGGAGCUAUAACUACUCCCCUUGAUGUGAUAAAAACCAGAAUGAUGGUUCAGGGUUCAGCAAAGCAGUAUGAAGGCAUUUUGCAUUGUGUUAACACUAUUGUAAGAGAAGAAGGAGCCUCUACUCUUUUUAAGGGAAUAGGGCCGCGAGUACUUUGGAUAGGUAUUGGAGGAUCCAUAUUUUUUGGUGUUCUUGAAAGGACAAAAAAAUUAGUUGCUGCAAAACACCCUGUUGAUUAGAAUUUGAAUCCUUAUCAAUUUGUGUCAGAAAACCAGGCAGCAUUUGUAGCAGGCGGAUCACUAGUGCAUUAUGUGCUUAUUUGCCAUGAUUUGAUGAGGCGUUACAAAAGGAAGACAUUUCCUAGAUGUUUGAUGUUGAUUGACUUAAGGAAUGCAUAUGCUAUGGUAAGUUGGGAGUUUAUAGAGGAGCCUUUGAAUGGAUAUGGUUUUCCGGUGUCAUUUGUCCACUUAGUUAUGGUUUGUAUUACCUCAACUAAGUUCUCAGUCAAGGUCAAUGGAGAUGGACAUGGGUAUUUGAAGGAAAAAGGGGGUCUGAGACAAGGUAAUUCAAUGUCUCCCCUUAUUUUUGUGUUGGCAAUGGAGUACUUGACUAGGACUUUGAGAAUGAUGAUUGGAUUGCCUGGCUUUAAGUAUCACCCUAUGUGUAAGGGGAUGAAGCUCACCCAUUUGAUAUUUGCAGAUGACCUCAUGAUUUUUUGUAAAGGUGAUGUAAACUCAGUACGAGAGUUAUGGAGGCACUUAAACACUUUAGUAGUGUAACUGGGCUAGUGGCAAAUGAGGAAAAAUCUAACAUCUUCUUGGUUGGUAUUGCAGACAGUGAUCAAGCAGAGAUACUGGACAUUCUAGGUUUCUCAAUAGGUUCACUACCUAUAAGAUACCAGGGAUUACCAUUAUUUUCAAAGAAAUGCGGGAAAAUGGAUUGUCAUCAGUUGGUUGAAAAGAUCACAUAUAAGAUCAGUGUUGCUUACUCUAGGAAUAUUUCUAAUCAUAAAUGAUGUCUUGUUUCCCAUUUAUAACUUUUGGGGCGGGGUGUUGUUUUCAUAUUGCCCCAAAGUAUUCUAAACGAAGUUGACAGGAAGGAUAGAGAUUAUCUCUGGGGGAAAAUGGUUGAACAUUAUACGAUAUCUUUAGUGGCUUGGGAAAGAGUAUGUACACCCGAGAAAUGUGAUGGGCUUUAUCAUUAAAGGAUGUAGGAAAUGGAAUGAGGCAUCUGUUGGAAAAUAAUUGUGGCAAUUGUCCGGGAAACAAGACAUAUUAUGAGUGAAAUGGAUGCAUGAACUGUAAAGUAGGGAAGCAUUUGGAAACAUACACCAUGUCUACUGCUUUCAAUUGGUAUUGGAGGAAGCUAAGUGGCCUCAAGAUGGACAUGUUACAUUGGUACCAAAAUGGUAGGUACAUACUCACACAGUUUGGUACGUACUCAAUUAUACAGAGCUACAAUGCUCUACUUGGAAAACGGAGAAGAAUGGAAGUAGCUGGAGUAUUAGAGAAUGAAUUACCGCGUAAUAAGGAAUUUUCUUUGCAACCACUUUUGUUGAAUAUUUAUCCAGGGAAGAGCAUGAACUGCAGCAUGUAGGAGCUGAGUAGAGCCUGAUCCAAAGACAAUGUAUUUUCCAUGUGUAAUAGCAUUGUUGGCAAUUGCAUGUAUUUUUCUUAUGUUUUUGUCAAGCUCUUUGGAUAUGUAGGACUGAUUAGGAAAUAAAUAGCUCAUUCUAUGCCAA